AUGUUCUUUAAUCUAGUUAUAAAACACAUCAAGAUGAUAGUUUUCUUCUGCAUAACCUUUAAUAUCAUACUGGUUUCAGGUUCCUCUCUGAGUGACAAAGUCCACCAGACUCCAGCUGACAUGUACAAAAAACCAGGAGAACAAGCCAAGAUUCGCUGUUCACACAGUAUUCAGGACUACAAUCGAAUCCUCUGGUACAAACAAUUAGAAGACAGACAGCUGGACUUUCUGGGAUACAUGUUAGGAGACAGUGGAACACCAGAGAAAGAAUCUGGUGUUAAGAUCACGGGGAAUGCAAAUAAAGACCAAAACUGUACAUUAACAGUUGAAGGACUGAAGCUGAACAGCAGUGCAGUUUACUUCUGUGCUGCUAGUUAUGGUUCUUCAGAGGCUUACUUUGGUGCUGGAACAAAAUUAACUGUUUUAGAUCCAGACAAAACACAGACCCCACCAAAAGUGAAAGUGCUUCCACCUUCAAAAUAUGAGUGUCUCAACCAGAAAGCCAAGCAACAGAAGAAUAAGACCUUAGUUUGUGUGGCCUCUGGAUUCUACCCAGACCAUGUCAGUGUGGUCUGGCAGAUCGAUGGGGUAAAUACCAUCAGUGGUGUGGCGACGGACAACGCUGCCCUGAAGGACAAGAACAAUAGCUCCUACAGCAUUACCAGCAGGCUGACGGUUCCUCCAUCAACAUGGUUCACACGUGGCAAAAAAUUCACCUGUAUUGUCAGUUUCACAAAUGAAACAAAAACCAGCGAACAUCCAGCUACUAUUCGUGGUGUUAAAGAUACACGAAAGUUAAUAACAAGAGAGACAUAUUGGAAGAUCACACAGACCCUCAAACUCUCCUACGGUGUUUUCAUCGCCAAGAGCUGCGUCUAUGGAGCCUUCGUUGUGUUUCUGGUGUGGAAGCUUCAGAGUUCAUCUGGAAAGCACACCACAUGAGAGCUGAGCUGAGGACAGAACCAAUGAGAUCUGGGAGAUUCUGUUGGAUUCUGUAAAUAAUAGCUUGAAAAAGCAGAAGUUACAUACAUGUAAAACAUUGUAUACCACAGUGCCUGUGCAUUCCUUAAUACAUCGAGCCUUUCAAAUUCUGCACUUCUAUGCGUAUUCUUGUUAUAUAAAGCUGUAACUGGCAUUCAAAUAGCUUGGCAUCAAUUUACUCUGUGUGUUUUAGUGUGGUUUUGAACUGCUUAAAGCUUAUUUUUCUUCUCAAUAAAAGUAUUUCUGAGGA